CAAGCACAGGCGCCUGUCCUGUCCACCUUGUAGUAUCCCUCACGUGCAAAAAACAUGGCAUCCACGGACGGGGUGCCGCGGGCCGUCAAGUUCGCGACGGCGGGGGUCGGCGGCGUCUUCGGCUGGGUGGUCGUGCACCCCUUCAACACGGCCGCCGUGCGCAUGAACCUGGCGGCCUCGCAGCCGGGCUACCAGCGGACCGGAUUCCUCUCGUUCGCGGCGCGGACGGCGUCCGAGCGCGGCGUGCGUUCGUUCUACGACGGCCUCGGGGCCGGCUGCCUGCGGCAGGUCUUCUACGCGACGUCGCGGUUCGGCCUCUUCGAGACGUUCCGCGACGCCAUCGCCGAGCGCCGCCGCGUGGGCCCCGCCGAGCGCGUCGCGGCCGGCCUUGCGUCGGGCGCCUGCGCGGCGCUGCUCUCGUGCCCCGCCGAGGUCGCGCUCGUCCGCAGCUCGAACGACGCGACGCUGCCCGCCGCAGAGCGCCGCAACUACCGGGGCCCGGCCGACGCCGCCCUGCGGAUCCUGCGCGACGAGGGCGUCGCGGCCUUCUGGCGCGGGUCCGCGCCGUUCGUCCAGCGCGCGAUGCUCGUGGGCGUCACGCAGGUCGGCACGCUCGACCAGGCGAAGCAAUUUUACGACGAGCGCGCCGGCGUGCCCCGCGGCACCUACGGCAACGUCUUCUGCGCCUCGAUGACGAGCGGCCUCGUCUACUCGCUCGUCACCAUGCCGUUCGAGACCGCCAAGAACCUCAUGGCGUUCCAGAAGCCGGACGCGCGCGGCGCGCUUGCCUACCGAGCGACCGGGCAGACGAUCCUAGCCGUCGCGCGGUCCAGGGGCGUCCUCACGCUCUGGAACGGGUUUCCACCCUACUACAUCCGCUGCGGCGGCCACACCGUCACCAUGUUCGUCUUCGUCGAAUGGCUUCGCCACGCGUACCUGAAGGCCAGUAUGGGCACCAGACAACUCUAGGACUUUAUUAUAAUUAUGCGUGCAAUGGG